CGUUGAUCCUGUUCCCACUCUCUUUCUACCAAACCUCUUGAAACACCCUAGGAAAACCUUCAGAUCCCGCCACGUGUCCUUGCACAAUUCCCUGACAUUUUUUUAGUAUAUACGAAGACCAAAAGAAAGAACAAAAGAUAGACACUCUGUCUCUGAUUUCUCGGUGAUUGAAACGGACAAGAUGCAUCCGAUAAGUGCGGUGGUGACGGCCAGGAUGCUUUUGAACACGGCGAUCUCCGUUAAUGAAUCGGUCGGAGGAGGGAUUCCCUUUGGAUCUCCAUGGUGGUUCAUCUACGCCGGCCUUUGUUGCUUUUUAGUACUCUUCGCGGGUAUAAUGUCGGGUCUCACUCUCGGACUCAUGUCGCUUGGUCUCGUCGACCUCGAAAUUCUCCAACGGAGCGGCACUUCCACUGAGAAAAAACAAGCUGCUGCUAUUUUGCCAGUGGUUCAAAAACAACAUCAGCUUUUGGUGACUUUGCUUUUUUGUAAUGCUGUUGCUAUGGAGGCCCUUCCUAUAUACCUGGAUAAGCUUUUCAAUCAAUAUGUUGCUAUCGUACUUUCUGUGACUUUUGUUCUAGCUUUUGGUGAGGUUAUUCCACAAGCAAUAUGCACAAGAUAUGGACUUGCUGUAGGUGCAAAUUUUGCUGGGCUUGUGCGGAUUUUAAUGAUUAUUUGCUAUCCAAUAGCUUAUCCCAUUGGAAAGGUUCUGGAUUGGUUGCUGGGGCAUAAUGAAGCACUGUUUAGGCGGGCUCAACUAAAAGCCCUUGUCUCCAUCCACAGCAAGGAGGCUGGAAAAGGAGGUGAGCUCACUCAUGAUGAGACAACAAUUAUUAGCGGAGCACUAGAUUUGACUGAAAAGACUGCUGAAGAGGCUAUGACACCUAUAGAAUCAACUUUCUCUUUAGAUGUCAAUUCAAAGUUGGACUGGGAGGCAAUGGGUAAGAUUCUCGCCCGUGGUCAUAGCCGAGUCCCCGUCUACUCAGGGAAUCCCAAAAAUGUUAUUGGACUUCUGCUGGUGAAAAGCCUUCUCACUGUACGUCCUGAAACUGAGACACCAGUCAGUGCUGUUUCCAUCCGGAGAAUUCCAAGGGUUCCAGCUGAUAUGCCUUUGUAUGAUAUACUGAAUGAGUUUCAAAAGGGCAGCAGUCAUAUGGCAGCUGUUGUCAAGGUUAAGGGAAAGAAUGAGAAUCUUCCUCCAACAGUUAACGGACAACAAUCUGAAGGAAACAAAGUCUCCAGUGCUGACUCCCAACUGACCACUCCUCUGCUAUCCAAGCUGGAUGAGAAGCCGGGGAGCAUUGUUGUUGACAUUGAUAAGUCUCCAAGGCCUGCCAAUUUAAGCAGGCAAGAUGCUGCAACAAAUGGAUUGUCUAUCAUGGCAGAGGAUAUAGAAGAUGGUGAAGUGAUUGGUAUUAUCACCCUAGAAGAUGUUUUUGAAGAACUUCUGCAGGAGGAGAUAGUGGAUGAAACAGAUGAAUAUGUUGAUGUGCAUAAAAGAAUCCGUGUUGCUGCAGCUGCUGCUGCUUCAUCAGUGGCACGGGCACCAUCAAGUAGGAGGCUAACUGGUCAGAAGGGAACUGGAGUCCAAAGCAAGCAAGCUCAAGCCACGAGAAAACCUGCCGAGGGUUCAAACUCUCCCAGGGUUCAAGGUACACCUGCUGAGAAUAGGAGAUGAAACAAAUUUAUAAUUUAUCAGAAUUGAUGCAAAUGAUACUGAGAGGCGAGUUUCUUUCGUUUCUACACAAAAAAGGGUGAAAAAAGGGAAAUAAAUGCUUGUUCAGCGACGUGAUUCCUACAUCUCAAUGGAUUUCUUGUGCAUAUUUGGUUGUCUAAAUACAUGCACGUAGAGACAAAUGUAAUUAGAUCUUCCAAAUGUUUUAGGCUAAGGCUUUCAUUUUAUUUCUUUUUAAGUUUUGGGUGAUGAAAUAUUGGAUUGAGGCAUGAUUUUUGAAGACGCUUUUACAUCAUGUUUUGGGUGUAAUUUGUUUCGAGACAUGAAUAUUUGUUAACUAGCCUAUUGCUGGGAACGGAAACUAAAGGAAAGGGAGAAAACGCUAUUGAUUUCAGUUUUUAAAGUAUCUUUGUAUUUUGAAUUUGUCAAUUGCUUAUUUUUCCGAACCAUAAAAUUUUCUCCAUAAUUUUUCUGCUUUGCCUGAACUUAUGGAAUAAGAUCAAGGUGAAGGGCA